UUGGAUGGAGAGAAACAAAGAAAUAUGGUUUUUAAUUGAUGUAUAAUAAUAUUUAUUUGUUGUUUUUGUACCUAUUUAUACCUAUUUAUCAUUUUAUGUUUUGUGGGAUAUUGAGUUAUAAAGCCGACAGAGAGAAGUUGGAUUGGAAAGGAAAUGUGUACAUGUCGGCUUCUCCUGCUCCCAUUCGACAAAUAUAUAAGACCCAUUUACUUAUCGAAUUCAGUUCCUGUUUUUAUCAAUUUAAAACCAAUCCAAAUAGCCUUCUUUUGAAGUUCUUCUUCUUUUUUGUGUUUGGGUGACAUUGAUUUUGAUGAGUUCUGGGUCUUUGCAAUUGAAGUAAUAUAUGUUACUGCAUAACAAAUUUUGCCUUUUUGUUUUGAUUUUGUUAUUUUAAUUGUUUGGGACUGGAUUUGGAGAAAAUCAAUCGUGAAUGGAAGAAGGCAACGAGAGAAGCAAGUUCAAGAGGGUUUGUGUCUUCUGUGGGAGCAACUCUGGCCACAGAAAAGUCUUCAGUGAUGCUGCUCUUGAAUUGGGCAAUGAACUGGAUUAUUUGUGGUCGGUGUUAAGCUGAUGGGCAUCUAAUAACAGGUGCAGAGGAAGAUAGACUUGGUGUACGGUGGGGGAAGUGUCGGGUUGAUGGGUUUGAUUUCCCAGAGAGUGUAUGAUGGAGGUUGCCACGUUCUCGGGAUCAUUCCAAGAGCUCUCAUGCCUCUCGAGAUAUCUGGUCAAACUGUUGGAGAAGUAAGAACUGUUUCAGACAUGCAUGAGCGGAAAGCUGCAAUGGCUCGAGAAGCUGAUGCCUUUAUUGCUCUUCCUGGAGGAUAUGGGACAAUGGAAGAGCUGUUGGAGAUGAUAACAUGGGCCCAACUUGGAAUUCAUAAAAAAACGGUUGCUCUGCUAAAUGUUGAUGGGUACUAUAAUUCCUUGCUGGCAUUAUUUGACAAUGGGGUCAAAGAAGGAUUCAUCAAGCCAGGUGCUCGGCAUAUAGUCCUCUCUGCUCCAACUGCUAAAGAACUAAUGAUUAAGAUGGAGCAAUACACUCCUUUCAAUGAACAUGUUGCUUCUCAUGAAAGCUGGCAGAUGGAACAGCUUGGUAAUUAUCCCGGGCAAGAAAACCCACAGUGACUGUUGGUGGUAGGUCUUUCUGCUAAAUUGAUUCCUGAUGUGAUUCAUCAUCAUUUAUGUGGAAGAAUCUAUAUAGAUGGGACCAUUUAUUGUUUAUUACUAUGGUACUUUUGUCGUUCUUUGUGACCUGAAUUGUACUAAAAUUUUCCUUAAUGUUUUAUUACAAAACCAUGGUUUAUGGUCGGUUGAAAGUGGAAAGUUGAAACACUAUUCUCUAGUCAUAUCUGGUCGUUACCACU